ACAGGAAUAGUAUUUGGUGUGAGCGUGAGUGGUUGUGUGCAGUGUGGGCCAGGAGGGGCCAGUGUUGGCACCCUCGGACGCAUCGCCUCGGGUAGUCGGUCGAAUGGGGAAUUGGGGAGACUGGACGGUCCAGCGAUAGGUUCGUCGUGUUCCAUAGGAAUAGUAUUUGGUGUGAGCGUGAGUGGUUGUGUGCAGUGCGGGCCAGGAGGGGCCAGUGUUGGCACCCUCGGACGCAUCGCCUCGGGUAGUAGGUCGAAUGGGGACUUGGGGAGACUGGACGGUCCAGCGAUAGGU